AUGCGAUCAAUUAUUUUGGAAAUUGAAGUUGAUUCGUCGCUUGAAAAAGUCAUUUGGGUUGAUAUUAGUGAUAGAACCCAUUUUGAAAAUGAACAAGAAAUUAUUUUCAAUCUCAAUUCUCUUUUCAAAAUUGUUUCCGUCGAUUUUGAUUCAACUUGUCAAUUUUGGAAAAUACAAUUGAAAGCAACUGAAGAAGGUGCUGACAAUGUUGAACCGUAUCUCAUAUCUAUUAAGGAGCAAAUAGACGAGAGUUCAUCCAUCAUUUGUUUCGGUUGGCUACUUCUCAACGAACUGGGUCAAGUUAAUCAAGCGGAAAAAUAUUUUCAAAUGUUACUUAGAUCUCUUCCACCAGAUCAUCCAGAUAUUCCAUCUAUAUAUAAUGGAAUUGGACGUGUACAUUCUGAAAGAAAUGAACUAGAUUUAGCAUUAGCUAAUUAUGAAAAAGCCUACAAGAUGCGUCUAGAACAAUUACCUUCAAAUCAUUCUCACAUAGCUAGUUCACUUCAUAAUGUUGCAAAUAUGAUGAAGGAAAAGGGAGAGUUCGAUCUAGCGCUCGAUAAGUACCAAGAAGCAUUAACGAUUGAAGAAGAAAAUCAUCCAGAUGAUCAUCUACAAAAAGCAGUUAUUAUUCAAAAUAUUGGCAACACAUUGACAGAGAAAGUCGAUUUAGAUACUGCUCUCAAUUACUUGUCUCGUGCACUUUAUAUGCUUCAACAUAUUUUGCCCGAACAACAUCCUAAAAUUAGUACUUGUCUCGGUGAUAUUGGAUCAGUUUAUGAGAAGAAGAAUGAUUUUGAAAAAGCGCUCGAUUAUUAUCAUAAAGAAUUUGACAUGGACGAACGCUGUUUACCACCUGAUCAUCCUCAUCUUUCUAGAGAUCUAAACAAACUCAUCAUCAUAUAUAAGAAGUGCAAGAAGGACAAUGAAGCUCUAGAAUUUUGUCGUCAGAAACUUGAUCUUCAAAAAACUAUUCCUGGUAAUAAUCAUUCUCGUAUUGCUAAAACAUUGAUGAAUAUGGCUACAAUAAUCGAAGAAAAAAGUCUAAGCGAAGCAGUUAAAUAUUAUCAAGAAGCCCUUUCUUAUCUUGAAAAAUCAACUCAGAUUGAUCAUCGAACAAUGGCUGAAUGUUUCGCAGCUAUGGGUAGUCUUUAUGGAAUGCAUAAAUCAUUCCGUAUUGCGUUAAAGUAUCUCCUCCAAGCCUUAAACAUGUAUCAUACAUUUUUGUUGUCUAAUCAUUCGAAUGUUGCCGAUGUCUGUAGAUUAAUUGCUCACUGUUAUCAAAAAACAAAUGAAACAUCAAAAGCACUUUUUUAUUUCAAUAAAAGUCUUUCAAUUUAUCGAGCGGAGUAUGGAGCUGAUCAUGAAUAUGUGAAGUUAAUGGAAAGCAAUAUUGCCAAAUUGAAUGAUGAACAACUUAUUACUAUCACAGUCUCUUCUGACUCACGUGAAUCUUUAGUUAAGCCAUCAUUACCAACUGCUGUUGAUUCCACGGCAAGCCCGACAUUCGAUCGAAUAAAAAUUAAAUGUGAAACCGAAACUCUUCGCAAAUCUAAACUUUGCCCAAAGUGUGAAAUAUUAUGA